AGAAAUUUUUCAUAUGUCUUACGUAUUAUACGAAUGUUACGUACUUUGAAGUUUCUAUUUACAUUUAAAAGACUAUGACGGCCAGUGGCAUUUAUCAUGAAAAACAAAUAAGGGAAUUAUGUGCAUUACAUGCUUUGAACAAUUUAUUUCAGUCAAAAGGGGCUUUUCUGAAAUCCGAACUAGAUUCAAUAUGUGUUUCAUUAUCUCCUAAUCAUUGGAUAAAUCCUCACAAAUCAAUGUUAGGACUAGGGAAUUAUGAUAUAAAUGUUAUUAUGAAAGCUUUACAAGAUAGAGGAUAUGAAGUUGUUUGGUUUGAUAAAAGAAGGGAUCCUACUUGCUUAAUUUUAGAUAAUAUAUCUGGAUUUAUAUUGAAUAUACCUAGCGAGUAUAAAAUUGGUUUUUUCACGUUACCAAUUUGGAGACGUCAUUGGGUAACUGUAAGACAAAUAAAUGGUUGCUACUAUAAUCUGGAUUCAAAGCUAGAAUCACCACAAAAAAUUGGUGAGGAUCAAGAUGUUUUAAAUUAUCUGAAAGAUGAAAUAGAGUGUAAAGAUAAAGAAAUUUUUUUAGUUGUUACAAGUGAAGUGUCACAAAAACAAAGUUGGAUUAAAGAUUUUAGUAUUCCACCAGCGGUUAAUGGUAGAGAUGCAGAUAUUAUCCAGUUAGGGGAUAUAGAGGAUAAUAAAUCAUAAGAUUGUGAUAGGAGCUACAUAUUUAUUGUUAACAAAUUUAUAUUAAAUGUUUUUAUUGAUAUUUCUUUUAUAAAAAGUUUUUUUCACAAUAUAUUUUUAUUGUAUUUUGUACUCCAAACCAUGGUAGUUCAAUAGAAGUUCAGGAUGAGAAACAUGAAUUUUUCUGACAUAUUUAAAAGGUUUUUAAUAAGAAAUGAGAAUCUCGUGAUAGACAGCUUUAAAAAAACAGUUGAAAGUCUACGUGUUAAUAGGAUUGUCAAAUCUAACAGAAGGACAGACCAAUCAGUUUGGCUGGACAUUGGGGAAAAAAGAAACCCUACAAUAUUGACUAUUUUGUGGCUCGAUA